GUAUAUUUGGAAAGGAACUUGAACUAAAUGCGUAAAAUAGUUUGUUUUUUUUUCCUCUAAAUUAUUAUUCCAUCAUUGAAUUGUUGUUGAUUAUGAACAAUAAACGAAGUCGAUUUAGUAGUCCAAUAUGGUUUACUUGUUUUUGUGUUGAUUCACGUCCUGGUUUAUUUGAAGAAGCUGAUCGAAAACUAGCUCGUUCAAUUCAAAAAGGUAAUCUUCCAGCAAUUGAACGUGCUUUAAGACGUAUCAAACAACCAUUAAAUAAUUUAACUUUAACAGUGAAACGACGCCAUCUAAACACAGCAUAUCCACAUUUAGUUGAUCAUCAUCGUGCUAAUGGAACAGAUCCUUUUAUUAAUUUCUAUCAAGAAUGUUCACCAGUUAUAUGGGCUAUUGAUUGUUUACAAUGGCAUGUUUUACCAUUAUUGUCACGUUUCGGUUUAGAUUUAAAUCGACCACAAGCAUGUCGUCGUUGGACUUAUUUGUAUUCAUCAUCUAAUUCACGUGCAAAUACAUCACCAUAUCGUAAAUUUUGGACACGUGGUCGUUAUACAUAUCAAUCGGCGUUAGAUUAUUUUUUUGCUAGUAUUUAUGAAUUGAUCGGUGAGCAUAGACCAAAUUUUUAUCACGGUUUAAAUGAUCCCAAUCCAUUGACAUUUUAUUAUUCACAUUUAUCAACCAUUUUAUCCAAAGGUGUCGAUGUACAUCGUAUUGAUUCUGUGAUUAUAUUUAAUUCAUUGGCUAUUAGUUUUGAUCAAUAUUUAUGCCGAUAUACUAAUGAACAUGCAUUAGUCCCUGAUAUACCAGAGAAUAAUGAUUCAUUUAUUGAAUUAUACAUUGUGAAACAAUUAAUUGAAAAUGGUUUUUCUCAAUUUGAAUGUAUGGAUUAUUUAUAUCCAUGUUGUAAUUGGUUUGGUAUAUUAUUAUGUUUAAUAUGUCAUCCGAAUAUACAUUUAUAUCAAACAACACAUUUACCAACAAUUAUUAAACAAUCUACAUUAUUAUUAAUUAAUUUACUUGCAUUAAAAUGUACAUUUCCAAAUGUUGAAGAAUUUCAUGAAUCAUUAGAAAAUUUACAUUUACGUAAAAUUUAUUCAAAACGUUAUAGUGAAAAACGAAAUGAAUUCAAUGCACGUUUAAUGGUAUUACAUGAUUUAUGUCAAAUGUUUAUACAUCAACCAUUAAGUUUAAAAAUAUUAGCAAGAAAUAUUGUACGUAAACAAAUUGGUGGUAUAAAUUUUUGUGUGAAAACAAUGAAUAUUGGUUUACCAACACAAUUGGUCACAUUUCUGCAAUAUAUUAAUCAUGAACAUUUAAUUCCGAAUGGUAUACCAAAACAAUUAAUUAAAUUAGCUCAAGGUGAAUGGAUUGAUAUUCUGGGAAAGAAUACUAGUUCACGAUCACGUUCAAUUGUUAGUUCAACAAAAUGUAAUGAUAAUCUUUACUCUAAAGAAUUCAUGAGCAUAAUAAAUACAACGAACUAUUUAGAUCAUGUCAAUAGUCAUCAUUGUGAUAGACAAGUAUGUCCUAGUGGUAAUAAUCUUUUACGACGUGGUAGAGCAUCAGAACGACAACAUCUUAUAUGUCAGCGACCAAUGAACAAUCAUCAACCAUUGAGGCCAACAUCUGCACCAUUGACUAGAAGAACACUUAUUACAUGAGAAUAAAAAAUAACAUUUACUCAGUAAUUAUUAUUUAUCUCAGGGACCAUAAGAAAUUGAUUAUUAACAAUAACAAUAAUUUUAGCUAUUUUCUUUCUAUUGUUUAUAAAGAUUUCACAUUGAUUGUUCUUAUAAAAUUAUUUAUUGAACUAACUAGGUGAACAGAAAGUUCAAAUUUUAUCAUAAUAUUUUUCUGUUGUUUUUGUUAUUGUUGUAUCGUUUGGAUUUUUAGUUUAUUGUUUCUAAUGCUAAAUGAUUUAUUGUACAUUGAAAACUCUAUUUUGUUUGUAUUAAGUGCAUAAAUUAAAACUAGAAUACAAUCGAUAAACAUUCCCAACACACCCCUACAUUAUUGAUUUUAAACCUCGGAACCAAUCAAAACGCUUCGAUAGUUAUUGACCAGUUAACUAUUAAAUAUGUAUGUUGUUAAUUUUCUCAAAAUUAGUACAUAGUCAGAGAUUGUUUAUCAAUUUGGUUAUAAUUUCUUCAAGCUUCUUUUUCUUUUUUUAAAUGAAAACCUUUUGUAGAACUUUCUCAAUAACCUCGAACAUUGAACCCAAUCUUUAUCAAAAUAAAUUUGUAUGUGUAUUUCUAUAUGUUAUCCGUUUGUUUUAUUUGGACCAAAUGUAAUCUGACUACUAUUUUGUCAGCUUCAAAAGUUUUCUGUGAUGAUAGUACCAGUCAAUAAUCCAAGUCAACCGAUAGUUUACUUGUUACUGUUGGUACUUUGUUGUUAAUUAAUAUUGGUUUGUGUUAUUUGUUAGUGUGAGUGAGAGAGAG